AUGAGAUUACCCAAAUUGCUUCUAGCUGGCGGCUUAUUGGCCAUUGUUCCGUUGAGUACUGCUAGCCCAAUUCCCGAAACGUCGGUGAAGCCUCAAUACCUCAGAUUAAAUUUGAAGGCUACUCACAAUGAGAACUAUGGUAUAGAAGCACUUGCUAGGGAGGUAGAAGAGAUACAGAGUAGACCUGAUGACUAUCUUAAGAUCGACUAUGUUAAUAGAGAAAUAUUUUAUUCUUUUGACCUCAGCAUUGGUAUACCUGAACAAAAUGUAACAGUGCAAGUUGACACCGGCUCAAGUGAUCUAUGGGUUGUGGGUGCUGAUGUGAACUGUAGUCCCAGGUGGCAAAGUGACCCAGAUUGUAGGAAAUUGGGCACCUUUGAUCCCAAUCAAUCAUGCACCUGGACAUCAAAUGAUACCGAAUUCAACAUUCGGUAUGUCGAUGGUAGUUAUUCUAGAGGUGUAUGGGGUAUGGAUGAUAUUGUUUUAGAUGGUGUCAAAAUUGAAGGCCUUAGUUUUGCGGUUGCAAGUCAUGCUACUUCUUCUAUCGCUGUAUUGGGAAUUGGUUUGCCAUCGUUGGAAACAACCAAUUUCGUCGUUGGCCAAGAACCGUAUGCUUACGAUAACCUUCCUCGAUUGCUACAGCGUAACGGCUUGAUUGCAAGAAAUGCGUACUCGUUGUAUACUAACCGAUUAAGUGCUGAAGCUGGGUCUAUUGUAUUCGGUGGUGUCGACCAUAGGAAGUAUCACGGAAAGUUACUAACCUUGCCUCUGGUUAAUGUUCAACCCACUACUGAUGUAAUACGGACCUUAUCUAUAAUUAUGACUGAGGUAGCCUUUAAUUCUUCGCGUUCAAGGACCAUUGCAUUUGAUGGUAAAAUAGGCGCAUUGUUAGACAGUGGUACAACUCUUUCUUACUUCCCAAGGCAGAUCUCUGAGACCUUAGCAAGAGCUGCAGGUGCAAUUUGGAGCAACCAAUUCAAUGCAUUUGUAGGUUUUUGUCCUUCUCCUGAUGAUAAAAGUAAGCUAGAAUUCGAAUUUAAUGGUGUUUCAAUUAGUGUUCCAAUUCAGGAUUUUACACUUGAAACCGGUGUAGCUAAUAUCUGUCUUUACUUAUUUGUUCCAUGGGAGCGUAACAUGGUCAUUUUGGGCGACAUAUUCUUGACAGCUGCCUAUAUUGUUUACGACCUGGACAGACUAGAGGUCUCGAUGGCUCAAGCUAGGUAUAGUAACUCUGAACAUAUUGAGCCUAUAAUAGAUGCUGUUCCACGAGCUGAAAAAGCCCCAGGCUAUUACAAUACUUGGGAUGCUCCCACAAAAUAA